CUUUAGGCAUUUCAAAAAGAAGGACAUCAAAGCCUAUCCAGUCACCAUCAACAUCACCGGCUGCCUCUGCACAGCCAGUUUCGAGUACCGUGAUCUCGCCCAUUCCAGUGGCUGACUUGGGCGAAGCGACAGGCACGCAAAGCGAAACAGAAAACGAACAGGAUCAGCAUGUUCCAGGACAGUCAAACAACAAGCCUAUCCACCAUCAAUUCUGGAAAAGGGCAUACGAAAAAACUCGCAAUGAGUACCCCAAACUGAUGGACGACUAUGAAAGCUUCAUGCUAUGCGAGGGAAUAUCUGAUUCUUCAACCGAUGCGAAUCACGGCGAGCGGCAUCAAAAAUUCCAACAACUCGUGAUCAACAGAAUGAAUGGUGUACAGGAUGCACAGAUGAAGAUCAAGACUGGAGACAAAACGAUCGUGGUAAAAGAUGAAAUACGGUCGAUUCUCAGCACCAUCAUGCUCUUCAAGGAUAGCAUCACAGCGGCGGUCAGUGCAGAGCCCCAUGCUUCCCUUGCUUGGGCUGGCAUUACUUCGUUCUUUCCCUUUAUCAUCAACGCGGUAACACAAUUCAGCCAUGCAGCGGAUGGAAUCAAGUACAUCUCCGAGCUUCUUGUGCGAUGUCGUGUGAUUGAGGAGGCUUUACCAUCCAAUAUUGAAAAUUCAAGUGCAUGUCUGGAAAAGGAUCAUAACCUUCAUUCCCAACUGAAAGAUCAAAUCGUGGAUAUUUAUGCCCAGAUUCUGAAAUACCAAAUCUACCUGGCACGCCGAUGCUCCCGCAAUUCUACCAAAUCCAUAUUUCGAGAUGCACUUGCCCUUGACAACUGGGAAGGAAUGCUGGAAACCCUCCAGAAAACCGAGAGGAACAUCAAUGAGGCCGUCCAGAAAAUUGACCACAAAACCUUGAACAUGGUUGAUAAGAAGGCGGACGAGAUGAAAUGUAAUCUCGACAAGAUACUAAUGGGCAUCGGAAGGAUUGAGAGUCAUAUUGAUGUCCUUGCACAGGAAAACGCACUUGCCAGACUACGGGAGCAUAGGGUAAAGUACGCUGCCUACAAUGCAGCUAUGAUAGAUGGCAAAGAUACAGAACCUACCAAAUGCCACCCAGAAACCCGCAAGGAAAUUCUAGACCAAAUCCAGACGUGGGGAAAUGGUGAUGGCAGUGAAUUCAUCUUCUGGCUCAGUGGAAUGGCAGGAACGGGAAAGUCGACCAUUGCACGGACUGUGGCUGAGAUGUUUGACCGACGCAACUGCCUCGGUGCCAGAUUCUUCUUCUCAAAGGGUCAAGGAGGUCGAGGUGAUGCUGGCGGAUUAUUUCCUACGCUUGCUCUCGAACUGGCAGACACAAUUCCCGAGUUGAAGCCACAUUUGGCAAGCGCUGUCAGAGAUAAUGACAACAUUGCUGAGCAGGGAUUGUCUAUCCAAUGGGAAACUCUUAUACUGAAUCCUUUAUCAACACUGGGUCAGAGUCUCCUGACACCAUUCGUGUUGGUAUUGGUUAUUGAUGCCCUUGAUGAAUGCAAGGGUGAGCGAUAUGUCGCUGAUAUUGUGAAUGUUUUUUCCAAGGCAAAGCAACUGAAGCAAAUUCAGCUGCGAAUCUUCAUCACUAGCCGGCGUGAGGAUCAUCUCGUCAGCAGUUUCUCCAACAUCCCAGAAGCCAAAUACUUUAAUUUAUUGAUUGACUCUGACUCAUCCAAGACUACAGAGAAAGAUAUCGAGACCUACAUGAGAUCAAAGCUCGAUUAUAUUGCGAGUAAAAGAUAUUCUGACUGUGGGACCUGGCCGAACGAAGAGGAUAUUAAGCAACUGCUGCAAAAAAGUGGUCGACUCUUCAUUGCGGCAGCGACAGCCUGCCGAUUUCUCGAAGACACCGAAUUCCCUGAUGAAAAGCUCCCUGCACUUCUCGGAGAUCAAAGUUCCACUGAAUCGCCCACGCAGGUCAUUGAUGCUAUGUAUCGCGAUGUCUUGCAAUAUGCGAUCACCCGGACAAGCGAUAGUCAAUACCUUGUCACGCUGUUUCAAAGCAUUGUGGGCCCAAUUAUUUUAGCGAUGGAAAGGCUUUCACCAAAGAGCCUUGAAGCAUUGCUUCGGAUACCACUGCAUAAAAUCAGAAUUUUACUGAAAAAGCUGCGCUCAGUUCUGAUUGUGCCGGAAAACGACAGUGGUCUUGUCGAGAUGUUCCACCUUUCUUUUCAUGAUUUUCUUCUGGAUGGUAAACGAUGCGUUGACCAGAGCUUCUGGAUUGACGAGAGAAAAACACAUCAAAGUUUGUUCAGACAUUGUCUCGGACUCUUAUCAAACACCUUGAAAGAAGAUAUAUGCGAUCUUGGUGAUCCUGGCCAUCUAGCCUGCGACAUUGAAAAGAAUCGGAUUGAAAACUCUUUACCUGAAGCGGUGCAAUACGCAUGUCGUUAUUGGGCCAUGCACUUUGACGCUUCAGAAGAAAUCUUAUCAGAUGGAGAUUUCGAUCAGCUGUUUACCUUUCUCAAAACGCACCUUCUGCAUUGGCUCGAGGCGCUCAGCUUGAUGAAUAGAAUCACGGAUUCUACAGUUGCCAUAAACAUAUUGAAGAGUUCCACCAACGGUCAUAAAAACCAACAUCUUAAUGAUUUCAUACAUGAUGCCAGGAGAUUCAUUCUCUACCAUCGGAGUACGAUUGAAAAAGCGCCACUUCAGGCAUACUCCUCUGCACUCAUAUUUUCACCGAGAUUAAGCUUGGUUCGUGCGCAAUAUGAAAGCAAUGUUCCACCUUGGAUAAUCACAGUCCCGAUCAUGCAAGACCAUUGGAACCGGGUAGAACAGAUUCUCGAGUCCAGAGCAGCAGAUCGUUACGUGUGCAUGGAAUUUGCACCUGAUGGCAAAACUGUGGCAGCUAGCUUCAGAGACCAAGGCGUUUUGAUAUGGAAUAUUCAGACAGGGCAGCUUGAGCAACGACUACAUACUUCACCGAAAUAUGUCAAACAGAUGACUUUUUCUGCUAACAGUAUGAAAUUAACAACCGUUUCGGACGGUGAACUUUUGAUAUGGAGCAUUGCAACUGGUCAAUCCGAGGAAAUUACUAAAUUUGAUUUAAGCUCUGGAAAGCUUAACAGUAUUUCCCCAGAUUUAACUCGAGCCGUGUUUGAGCAAAAUCAAACCAUAAAAAUACAGUGCGCCACUACAGGAGAGACUGAAAAGAUAUGUGAUUAUAAUUCACUUUCAGUGGAUUUUCCAGUGGGGUUUUCUCCAGAUGGAAGAAUGAUGGCCUAUAAAAAUAACCACGGCGUGAUACUCCAUAUUUUUGGCCCCAAAAAAUCUGUCAAAACUUUGCAGGCUGCUACUGAUCGCUUUAUAGCUAAACGAAUGUUCUUCUUCUCUGAUGAUUCCAGCCUGCUCGUGACAAAUGUCGUUAAUGGUAUUAGGAUAUGGUCUACUACAUCUUUGGUCACAAAAUUUGCAAAGGACUUGCGUAGGGAAUAUAUUUUCAGAGCAGCAUUGUCUAGUGACAAUUCCAAACUGGCUCUCGCUAUCAGGUAUAUGAUCCAAAUAUGGAAUGUUGACCGGGGGAGUAUAGAGCUGACAAUCAACUGUGAUGAUCUUAUUGAGUCCCUGAAAUUCUCUGCUGAUUCCAAGACUCUAUUCUCUGGGUCUCCUCGCGGUGUGCGGGUAAUAGAUAUCAGUACGAGAGACGCAGCAUCGGAUUCAUGGGAUGUAUCAGAAUCAGCUUACAUACGUGAUAUCACACGAGAUGGGACCACGGCAUUUUCGCAGUUGAUCAAUGGUGACCAAGUAAUUUGGAAUAUCACCACAGGUCAGCUCAUACAAAAGCUUGACCUCAACAUAAGAGACAGUUUCUUCUCCCCAGACAGUAAAUGGCUGGUGGCAAUAGAAAAGCAUUCUCACUAUAUUUAUAUAUGGAGAUUAUCGACAGCACAGGUUCAGAAGAUUAGGACAUUUUCCGUGAAAUCAUACGAGGCCAUUUUCUCCCCGGACAGUACCAGAGUGAUUUCACGCAGCCAAAAUGGCAAUCUGUCCAUAUUGAAUCUCUUUACCGAUGAAAGUCAUAAUAUAACGUCUGGGUUCAUUCAUAACUAUGCCAUGUCCCCAGAUAACACUUUGGUAGCAGUGUUGGUCAUAAAUUGCGACGAAGAAGGCAGAAUAGACAUCCUGCGCACAGAAACUGGUUCAAUUCAACGCACCUUUCGGGCCGAGAAUCUUGGUAUUUGCGACAUUAUUAUCUUUUCUCAAGAUAGCACGCAACUGGCAAUUGGAAUAUCCAACCCAAGACGUGCGACAAUCCAAAUCUGGAAUGUCACCACCGGCACACUUCACGCAACCUUUUCAUGUCCAUCAACAUGGAUUAAGAGACUUGCAUUCUCCCCUCGCGAUACCCACAUCAUGGCAGCAACACAAUAUAAAGGUAUAUAUAUGUGGAACAUUGAAUCGAAAGAAAUGCAAUCAUUUCCAGAUGUUAAUCGGGACGCGAUCGAGAGUCUAAAUUUUACUUCCGACAAUAUUCCGGACGAAUCGCCAUUCUAUACCGUGAGGGGGGGUGAUCGACGCUGGGUGACCUACGCCGGUCGGAGGAUUCUCGCAAUCCCUGUGGAAUUCGAACCGUCGCGUAUUUUGCCCAGGGGGAAUAGACUGGGUCUUGCGAAUAAUUAUGCUGGUCGUGCUGUCUCCAUCACCUUUGAUACUGAUCAGGUGGUCCGGGUUUUCAAUGUCCAUCCCAGUGAUUAGUUGGGUCGUUUCUGUGGAUCAUUUCAUUAUACAGCUUAUUAUUUCUCUCUAUCGUGUAAUACAUAUUAUAGAAAUUGUACAAUCAAGAUUGUCUCCAGCAGGAUAGAGCCAUGUGAGUGAUGUUGAUAUCGCAUUAACGCAUAAUUCAUUCUGAAUCUUGCUAUAUAAAUGGAAAAUUCUCCCAUCACCACCAACAUAAAGCCAUCUGCUAUACCCAAUCUAUCAACCAUCCUUAAGUCAAGGAUAGCUCAACCUCUGCCAACGUUCCAUUCUGAAUAGCCCCAGCAUGAUGACG